CAUAUCUCAGCCCUCCAGCUCAGAAAAGUGUUUUUCUAUCCAUCUGUUUAUUAUGAAUUGAAAUAUUGAUGCUAAAAAAUCUAGAAAGGUUUCUCUGCAGAGCCACUAGUUUUCAAAAUUGAAACGCAUCACUCAGACUUUCAGGAUUGAACCGUGAAAGUCUUCUCAAAAUUAAAUUCCUGAAAUUAAAUAAAAGCAUAUGUAGUAAAAAUAAUUGGAUUAUUUAAAUAAUUUUUUUGUUUGUUUUUAAAGUUGGAUCUGCAUGCAUGUCAAACCACCUGCUGCUCGUCUUCAUUUCCUCUGCUUGUUUUGUGGUCGACCUUGGCUUUUGUCUCAGGUUUGAACUCACGAGACAAGAAACACACACACACACACACACACACACACACACACACACUGCAUUCACUCAACUCUUUCACGUCGUUUUCAGUCGACUGGUGGACGAACUUGUGACCAGGCAGCAGAAAUAGCAGAGAGAAGCGGCGUCCAACAUGUUGUAUUCUAACAGCGCCACUCCUGUGAAUUGCUCUCAGUCUUUCCCUCCAGACCACACAUGUUCCACUUGGGCCAUACUGGUCUACAUCCUGGUUGGAACUUUCUGCUUUAUCAUCCUUCAGUGCACAGUGGUCGGGAUGCUGUGUCUAAAAAAAUAUCGUUCAAUGGCUUCUACUAUUCGGGAGUUGCGAGCCACCAGGUUUAUGCCCUCACGUCUGCCCCAGACAGAAGCUCCCAUCAUUCCUGCGAGGCCAGUACAAGCAGAUGAAGUGGAGACGGUGGACGAGGAAUUUCCUACAACCACCACUCCUCUCCAGCAGAGGAGCACAGUUAGGAUUCCAUCAAAGAAACUGUGGAAAAGCCUCCAUCAGAGUCCUCGAUUUACAAAGUCAGACCUGAACCUGCUGCAGCUGAUCAAAGCGGGGAAGGAGGGCAUCUUCUACCAGGCCAGGAUGAGCAGAGGGACGUGUAAAGGCCACAACAUGUUCACCUGCAAAAUCAGCAAAGAUGGCGUCCGUCUAAAGCAUGUAGAAUUGGAGAUUUCUAUUAUGAGGAAACUGGUGCAUCACAAGAACAUCCUGCAGCUCCUGGACUGGAGCACAGUAGAAGAGCCUUACAUUCUGAUCAUGGAGUAUGUGAGCUGCGGCACUCUGAGGACCUUCCUGCAGACCAACAGAACUAACCUGAGUGCAAGCUCUGAACUGCAGAGUCUCCUCACCAUCGCCUCCUACCAAAUCGCUCUGGCCAUGCAGUACCUACGCUCCAAAAUGAUUGUUCACAGUGACUUGGCUCUGAGGAACAUCAUGGUCAGUAAGUUUCCCUGGGAGGUGAAAGUGGCAGAGUUUGGUCUGGCUCGGGACUUAUCACGUUUGACCAGUCGUCACAGCAAUCGCUGGAGAAACCCACGGCAAGUGCCACUGCGCUGGUAUCCACCGGAAUACUUCAAGAACAACUACUACAGCUUUAAAGGAGACGUGUGGGCGUUUGGCAUCGUGCUGUGGGAGAUGCAGACGUUUGGCAUGUUACCGUACCCAAACCUGGAGACCUCGGAGGCAGUGGUGUACCACAUCUGCAUCGGUCACAGAAACACCAACCCUGACGGCUGCAGACCUGAGAUACUUCACGUCAUGAAGAACUGUUGGAUGGAGCCUUACACUAUGAGACCCUCAUUCGCUGACAUUGUGAGCAUGUUGGAGAAUAUCAUAGAGAAUGAUUCGGACUAUGUGGACGUUGAAAGUCCAGAGUUGCUGGUGACAGAUGAAGAUGAGUCUCACAAAGCUACAUUCCUGCAAGCAUCCAGCAUCUGUGUGGGUUCAACAAAUGCCAUCUGAAUGAAUAUGGACCCUGUACUUUAUGUUGAAGGUACAAUUUACCAGAAUUUUAAUGUGGGUCUUUAAACAGAGCAUUUAGCUGUAUUCCCCCUUCCAGCAGAGGGUGCUGUGAAUGCAGUUUAAAUCAGGGGUUCUGAGUUAAUGCUUUGGUAAAAGACAAAUAUUUUAUUUAAAAUAUUUGCAUUGCAAAUAGGAGGGGCUUACUUUAAUAUAAUUCUAUUAUAUAUUUAUUCAUUUUUUGUAUAUAUAUUCUUGAUAUGUGAAUAGUUCAACUUUUCUGUCUUAAUUUAAAUUAAAACUAAUAAUUUCAUAUAAACCUUUAUUUUCACAGGCCUUUGUUUAAAAUGCUUAUAAUCCUUGUGUCAUAAAAUGUUUUACCUUUUAGAUUUGAAAUUAUUAAAUGGACGACUGCCCUUCACCUUUUCACACCCAUUUCCUCUUCAUGUUGCAUUGCACUUGUACUUGUAUUUUUACGUUUAACAAUUUAAUGACUCACUCUAAUCAGUUUAUUUUUAACUACUGUUCGGUGUCUCUAACAAGAACUCCAGCUGUGGCUGACAAUCAGACCUCCUCCUCCCAUUUGGUCGAGUGACCCACUGGAGUGACACAAAUUAAUUGCGAGCUUCACAAACUUUAUUUGAACAAAGCAUAAAUUGAAAAACUCUGUUUACAGAAAAGUACAGCUGCACUGUACAAUCUUUUACCAGAAAAAAAUGAAAAAAUUUCACAAACUUUUUAAAGCCAAGACAUGUUUUACAAUAGAAAACUCCCAAACUGCAAAACAUGACAAAGAUGUCACACAGCAUAUAUACGUAAUGAAAUAUAUUGCAUUUUACUUUCAGAAAAGACACGCUCAAAUAUCUUC